AUGGACAUGAUAUAUCAAGAAUGUGCACAAUUAGAAGCUGGUGUUACUUUUUUUAUUCCUGGUGUAGGUGAACAAAAUAUUAAAUUUUUUAUUAUUGCAUCAUGUACAGAUAAACCUGCUCAAUCGUUAUUAACUAAUAUGGUCUCCCACAAUGCUAAUUAUAGCUGUGCAAAAUGCUUUACUGAAGGGUUAUCUUCUGUUAAAAUUCCAACUACUACAAGUCGAAGAUUUCGAACAAUAAAACAUAUUGCACGUUUCAAGGCGAACGAAUUCAGAUCCUUAAUGCAUCACGGUUCAACAGUAUUGUUACAAGCAAAGUUACCAAAAUAUCGUCGACAUUUUGCAUUGUUAUUAGCUGCUGUUAACAUUGCUUCUAAAGAUAUUAUUGACAAUUAUGAUAUAAUAUUAGUCAAAGAAUUAUUACAUCAAUAUGUAAAAGAUUGGCAAAAGAUAUUUGGUCUUCGUCAUAUGUCAUCCAAUAUACAUUCACUUUUACAUAUUCAUGAAUCAAUACAAUUUCUAGGUCCUUUAUAUAUGUAUAGUGCUUUUAAUUUUGAAGGUUAG